ACUACAACACAAGUGCGCAAUUUUUCCAUCCACGAACCUGUGAAUUCUGUGAUUCAAGUGACGAAAAUUCUACGUUGUCAUAUUCUGUCAACUUUUUAGCUUUAUCUCGCAAGUUGCAGAGUCGCUUAGCACAAGUAUAUAUCAAAAAACUGUUGUAAUUGGCUUUCGGAACAACUGAUCAUCAUCUCAUCACUUGCGGGACCGCCGUGCGCAACCCGGGCGAUCACGUGUAAAGAUCACCUUCCCCUAGCAUGGAUAGUAUCAAAUCAGGAUGGUUCAGCGAAUUCAGUCCUUUGUGGCCUGGAAUCUGCCUUUCACUUGAAGUGGAGGAUGUGCUCCACAAGGAGAAAUCUGAUUUUCAAGAUGUCAUGAUUUUGAAAACGAAAUCAAAUGGAACAGCUUUAAUCCUAGAUGGUGUCAUCCAGUGCACUGAAUCCGAUGAGUUCUCAUACCAGGAAAUGAUUUCUUUUCUACCGCUCUGUUCUCAUCCAUGUCCCAGAAAUGUUCUCAUUGUUGGCGGCGGAGACGGCGGUGUUGCCAGGGAAGUGAGCAAACAUCCGGAUGUACAAUUGAUCGAUCAAGUAGAAAUAGAUAGAUCUGUGAUAGAGGUUUCAAAAAAGUACCUCCCAUUUAUGAGCCAAGGCUUUCAAAGCCCCAAAUUGAACCUCCAUGUUGCUGAUGGUUUUGCAUUCAUGGAAAAAUGCGACCAGAAAUAUGAUGUCAUCAUCACUGAUUCCUCUGAUCCCGUCGGGCCAGCUGAAUCCUUAUUUCAACAUAAUUACUUUAAGUUGAUGCGCAAAGCCCUCAAACCGGGCGGUAUUGUUUGUUCCCAGGCAGGAGCAGUGUGGAUUGACAAACACACUGUUGUAUCUACUUUCAGCCAUUGCCUGAAAGAAUUCAAAUCUGUUGCUUAUGGCAUUGUCUCUGUUCCUACCUAUCCCACCGGACAAAUUGGAUUUGUGUUGGGAAGUCUUAAUCCAGAUACUAAUUUCAAGGUUCCUCUAAGGAAAUUCAGCGAUGAAGAACUAGACAAAAUGAACUGUCGAUACUACUCCAGUGAUAUUCACGCAAGUGCUUUUGUUCUCCCCCGUUUUGCUGUGAAAUUAUUGGAAGAUGCAAAGAGAGGAGACAUAAGCCAACAGAACGGAAAGACUGUAAAAUAGAUGGACUUUAGCAAUCCAUGCAAGUAGCAUCCUCACUUUGCUUCUUAUUUUAAGAGUUGAAAAAGAAAAAAGAGCAUUUAUUCAAGAUUUCUAUUAUUGCAUUUUUUAAUUUGUGUCGGUUUCCUAUUUUAUAAUUGUUGAAUUUUUACACUCUCA